AUGCGACCCGAGAGCCUAGUACUGAUUACAGCACCCGUGUCGCGACCUAUUCAAGCUGCCGCUGGCAGGAGUUACUCUGGUGUUUCGUACUUAAAUAAGCCUGGGGCUCAAUCCGACAAUGUCCAUGUGGUUGAGUUUGGUGACUUUGGCACGCCUACGAGUGCAGGACUGAAGGAUGACCAGCCCGGGACUCCUCAGAAGCGUCGUCGUCGACUCUACAUUCCUAACACCCUAUGGACACGAUCCUUCGCCAUCACCGGAAUCAUCGAGACAGUCAUUACCGUCGGAAUCGAGAGUUGGAUUAUCAUGAGCAUCUCGAAUCGCUACGAUACUACCAAAACUGAUGACGGGACCUUGCUCAUUCGGUCGUUUCUUGGCCUGUAUAUAUUCGGACUCCUCUACGAGCUUGCACUGGCAUAUGACGCCCUCAAACGCGAGAACACAUUUCAGCUGAUAGGACUCUGUAUUUGCAACUUUGGGCUUCUGACAUACGGGAUUGUGCAACAAAGGGAUAUCAGAGAUGCCAUGAUCAAGUUGGCGGGGGACGCAACGUCAGGCCACCACCUUUGGGGAAUGUACCGCAUUCCGCUUAUCCUGGUGCCGGUUUUCCUGGCUGUUGGCACCUUGUUGAUGGUUUUCGAGACGUGGAAGCUGCAUGGGGAGUUUUCUUGGUCUAUAUACAAGAACAUUAGUGCAGAUUUGCAGAUGAAUCGCCGCUAUACCACGUACCAGGUAUACAUUGCGCUGCUCAAGUUCGACUUCUUUUUUGUGUUUGGGACCCAGCUUCAGAUCCUACUUGGGGUGAAAAGCCUCGAUAACAGCCAGUUCAUUUCGCAAGCCGCCCUGGUCCCAACAGCCAUAGUGAGUCUCAUCCUGGCUGCUCGCUUCUGUCGACUGGAAAUGACCAAAGCCCUCAUCGCUGUCAUGGUUGUCAUCUGCGCUCUCAUCGCCAACCUCACAACCAUCGUUUUUCGACUGUACAAUCCGACGGAGAACGACGGCCUUGGCGGCUUCGGCAGUUCCUUGUCCUUGUUUGCGUCGGUGGCGAUCCUGCUGCUCACCGGAACGCUCCUCAACUCUGUGCUGUGCAUGCUGAACUUUCAGAAAGGGUUGAAACAGCACACCGAUCACUUUCGAAGACGAGGCCGAGGCCGAGGAACAGAUGUGGAGCUCUCCCAGACUGAAGGCAGAUCCCGGUUUAUACUAAAUUAG